AUGAAUUAGAAGAAACUAUAAGUUGAAUAAAAAUCUCCUAGACUGUUGAUCUUCCCAAAAUCAAAAUAGAAUUAAGUUAAUAGCAGGGCUGCUAUGAACUACUUUACAGAAAUGAAAAAGGAACACUAAUAAAUUAAUCAAAACAAAUAAGUCUUACCUCCAGAAUUCUAUAUAUCGUUAUUGUCAUUAGAGCCAAAACAAUCCCAACUACAUACUCCCAACAUAGAGUUAAUACGAACCUUAAUUGACAGCUAUCUUAUUAUUAUUGAAUAGCUCUAAGGUUAAGAUGGACUUAUGAUCUAUUUUAAGGAUAAAGUUAAUAGCUUGUUAGAGUAACCAUAAGUUAGAUAAUGCAUUUAAAAAAGUGAUGAUGCUUAAUUGCAACAAAUGUUAGACAAAAGUCAAUAAUCUUAUUGCAAGCAAACAAAUGUAGAAGAAAUGGAAGCAUAUAUGAAUAUGAACAAACCCUAAGUCAGAAACUCUUUAGCUACUUUUCUAACUAUGCAUGAUAGAUUAGAGAAAGAAUAUGACAAGGCCUAGCAGAUCUUAUAAGAUUAUGACGAUCAUGUUGCUCAGUUCGAUGAACUCAUGCAAAAAGAUCUUGAUAAUCAAAAGAAUGCAUUAGAAGAUAGGCUAAAAAAAAGAAAUGAUAAUAAAAAAAGGUAUUCUGCUCAUGAAUAGAGACCUAAUCCUACUAACUAUUGA